AAUCAUGAUCUGUCCCCAUCUCUGUUCCCAUGUUCCCAACCCUCAUCUCCAUUUCCAUGUUCCCAAUUCUCAUCUCUGUUCCCAAGUUCGCAACCCGUUCUCAAGUUCCCAACUCAACCGGCACUUGUGCAUCCUGCUCGUGCUUCAGUGUCGGGUGGUCUUCGUCCGAGUUCAGUUUCUUUCAACAGUGUCGAUUGUGACAAGCACUCAAAGUUUUGCGGGAGCUACCGCUACUCCCUGGACAGUCUGUUCAAAGUGGUCGAUCUGCAUGAUGGGGGCUACACUGUUACUUGGUCCGUUUUUCUUUCGCUCUCCAUUACACUUCAACUUUGGUCUAUGCAGGAUUGCAGGAGAUCCGAGAGAAGAUGUUUUUGGGGACUCUGUAGUAUUCACCAAGCUGGACCGUUACUUUGCAUGGUCAGUUGCAUCUACGCCACAGCGAAUGUGAGAGUUUGGAGCUUCCUGAGGAAAUUAGAGCAAGAGGAUGCUUGGAACGGAAGCAAUGAUGACAAGUCGACGCCUAAAGUUGAAGUCAGAUUUUUAAGCCUGUAUACUUUGGCCGACGAUUCAUCAAAAUUUAAUAAGAUCAAUGCUCGACAGUAUGCGGUGAAAGAAAUCGGAAGGUUGAUUGAGGAAUACAAAGACGACGGCCAUGAGCUGAGCAUUACGAUUUGCGAACACAGACUUGGUUCAGGACUGAGACUUCUUUUCGCAUACGAUGUAGCAAACUCAAACCUGAACCAAAUCAAUCAGGAGAGAACUAUUCCAAUAACGGAGUUUUCCUGUGGAGGUCCUCGCGUUGGUGACGUGGAAAAUUUGACCAAAUUGCCGCUAAAGAAGCAGCUUUCUUCUUUUGUUAUGCAUCACAACCUAGAGGUGUAUCUGCACUUGAUUGAUGGGUAUAGUAGGUAUAUCAAGCCACCGACCCGAGACCCUAUGCUCGUCAACAAGCACUGUGGAUUCCUCAAAGAAAACAAGUACGUACCAGAAUGUUGGUGGCAGGUCGAGAACAAAGGCUUGAAAUGCUGCGAAUAUCAAAACAGGUACUUCCAACCAGAAAGAGCUGUUAAAGACCGCCCUGUCCCUCCCGAGCAGGAGGUGGUCGAUGCAUCAAAGGCUCUUUCAAAAUCCCUCUCCCUUCACAACAGCAAGUCGUAUGGAAGGAAUCGACACAAAGCGGCACAAGCAUCGCCGGUUCACUAUAGUAUUGGAUCACAAGUUGAUGCUACAUCACCACACCAGUGGCGCCCCACGUCCCUGGCAAGCUGCAGCUGCGAGAAGGACAUGGUGGCAUUGAAGUGGGAGGAGUGGCAUGUGUUGAGAGGAGAGGCCCUCUCAAUGCGAAGUAACAAUCAAAAAGGGGAACGGGGGAAUGGGUUGGGAACGGGGAUGAGGGUUGGCAACAUGGAAAUAGAGAUGGAGGAUGGGGUGUAA